GCUCCGAGCUGCCCGGCCGUGGAGGUUGGUGGAGCCGAGCUACUGAGUGAAAGCAGGCACUGCGUCCUUGCUUGGUGCAUCCGUUUUAUCAUCAGAUGGGAAAAGUUUAACCGGAAGAUCUUCCAGCCUGCAGUGCAGCGGCGAGGUACAUAAGCUCACAUACUGAAAGACAUGGGCUUCAACCUGACUUUCCACCUCUCCUACAGAGUCCGGAUACUGUUGCUGUUUACCUUAUGCCUGAUGGUGGUUGGGUGGGCCACCAGUAACUACUUUGUGGAUGUUUUUCAAGAGCUUCCUACAGCAAAGAAUGUCAGGGCUUAUUUCAACAAAGCCACAGUUUUGGACGAAGAAGCAACUCCAACGACACAAGCACUUAUAAAAACCGCAGACCUUGAAAACUGCCCUUCUCUGUCUCCACACCUCAAAGGUCAGAGCAAGCUGGUCUUCAAACCAGAUCUUACUUUGGAAGAAGUACAGGCAGAAAAUCCCAAAGUGCACCAGGGCCGGUAUCAUCCUGAGGAGUGUAAGGCUUUGCAGCGGGUUGCCAUCCUCAUUCCACACCGGAACAGAGAGAAACACCUGAUGUACCUGCUGGAGCAUCUCCAUCCCUUCUUGCAGAGGCAGCAGAUCGAUUAUGGCAUCUAUGUCAUCCACCAGAUCCUCGCCAUAGAUAACCUUAAACUGUUGGUUCUAAAUUCCAGAAAUGAGAAAUUGUUACGCUACAAAGGAUAUUUUGGGGGUGUUACUGCCCUAACCAGAGAGCAAUUUUUCAAGGUGAAUGGAUUCUCUAACAACUACUGGGGAUGGGGAGGCGAAGACGAUGACCUCAGACUCAGGGUUGAGCUCCAAAGGAUGAAAAUAUUCCGGCCAGUACCUGAAGUGGGCAAAUAUACGAUGAUCUUCCACACUAGAGACAGAGGCAAUGAGGUGAAUAUAGAAAGGAUGAAGCUCUUACAUCAGGUGUCACGCGUUUGGAAAACAGAUGGGUUGACUAGCUGUUCUUAUAAAUUACUAUCUCUGGAGCACUACCCUUUGUAUGUCAACAUCACAGUGGACUUCUGGACUGAUCCGUGACCCAGGAUCUAUGGAUGAUGCUCCGAAGAACUGGACACUUGAUCGCAAUAAUUUUGACCUACCGACUUCCCCAAGAUCCCCCCUUUUAGAACGUGUCGCAGCGAAUUGCUGGGCGGCCUUUCUCCUUUGGGCAUUUUCCUAGUAGAGCUCUUGGUGAUCCAGAAUGUGAAAUCAUUGUAACAAGGCACCUUUCUUAGUUGUUCUGAUCAUGAAGUUUCUAUAUCGUAAUGGAGACACUUGAAGAGCUAAAUAUAGAAGGACGACUCAAGGGCUAUCAUGAACGUUCCUUGAGCACUCUGGUGGAAGAGACGUGGUUGCUUUUUAAGUGACGCGUGGGACAACAGGUCUUAGGAUAGGAAAUGGGGCUGCGUGCCCCAGAGAAACUCGAAUCUUCUUGUGCAAGAUGGAAAGGUACAAAGAUCUAUUUUAGGUACUCCUGGGUCCUGCAUGGCCGUCCCGAGGUCCUGGGUGAGAAGAAGACCACAGAAGACGAAAGGAGAGGUGGGGCCUCGAGCUGCAGUGAACUUGGCAAUGACGAAGUGGCAGGAGGACAGUGUAUCCGAGGGAGAGGCGGCUACAGUUGUGCUGGUUGUGUGACCCUCCCUAACUGCAGUGGGGUCACCCUCGCUGAUCCGCCUUCCAGUGAAAACCCAGCAGAGAACACAUCAUCUAGUUUUUUUAAGCAUUUUUAUAAAAUGAUUUUGUAUCAUAGGCCAUGGAGUAGUAGCACUUUACAAGCAACAAAUUAACUAAUACACCUCCAGUACCUCUGUAGUAAAAGAUGAAACAGCCUUUAA